UGUUAAUUAAGGGAGCGAGCUUGCUUCUGCUUGGGCUAAUGGACUCCACAAACAGCUGUUUGACAGUAGCAUCCCUGUCCAGCGCUGGUCCGUGUACAGUAGACACCGCGCAUCAUUUGAUUCUUCCAGACGAAGAGCAGCGUUGCUAUGCAACGCAAGAGCCUUUUCGAUUGACCGGUAACGCAUCCUUAAGUUAUUCUGUCCUACACCUAAAUACUUGUUUUUAUAGAUCAAGAAAACAACCAUGUGAGGAUCCAAGUUUUGCUCUGUGGCCACCGUCAUUUUUAAUAGGGUUUGGGGGGAAAAAUCCAUUGUGUUGCCUUAUCAGUGAUUUUUUUUAAUUUUUUUUUUUAAACAAAUGAAAUCAUCCAAGAGUAGGCGGGGCCUAAGAAUGUUUUCAACCUUUUUUUUUUUUUUUGUGAGGGAGGAUCUGUCGAUGCUUUUUAGUAACAUGGUUUGAGUUUUUGCUUUGUCCCCAUUAAAAUGCUGAUGCGUAAAAAAAACACACAAAAAACAGCUCCCAGUUACACUGUUUGCAUCUUAUCUUUUAACACCAGGUGGAACUUGGAGGGUUCGUCUCACGAGUGUGUUUUAUAUUCAAAGUGUGCAGACUUCAUUUAAAAAGAGAAAACUCAAAGACGCCUGGAAACUGAAUUACAUUCACAGUUAUAGAUUAAUCUGGUCAUUAUUUUCUCGAUUAAUUGUUGGAAAAUGAUGUUUUGUAAUGUCAAAACUUAAAUAUGUUCAGUUUUAUAUCAUAUGACAUGAAGAAAAGCAGCACAUUUAUAUUUUCCUUAAAAAUAAUGAUACUCCUAUAAGCAUAUUUCCUUAUUAGUUUGUCUGCAAGUAGAUUAGUUGAUUAAUAUUUCAGCCUGAACAUAGUACAAAGCACGAUUUGCCUAUGCAAAAAAAAACAGAACACCUGCACCUCUAAAUGUAAUGUUGUACGACUGUAUGGUCAUUAUGUUCACUUUAUUUUUUUAACUUAAUUAAUCAGUGAAUACAUACGGAAAUACAACUGCAUCACUUUAUAUUAUAUUUAAUGUAUCAGUUUUAUAUAAUUUUAAACAUUAGUAUUAGUAACAUUAAUAUUUGGGUUUUGGACACUUGGUUGAAUCGAACAAGACUUCAACAGUAUUAAAACAUUUUUAGGGACAAUUGGUAAAUUAAUUUAACACAUUACAAAAAGGUUACACGUUUUUUUUUGUCAUUGUAUGAGAAAGUAAAUGUGGAUUGUAUUCCCAAUUUCUUUUAUAUUAUGUAUUAAUAUUAUAUAUAAAGUUUAACAUUGUAUAUUAUCUUUUUAACGUCUAGCAUUAAAUGAGGAUUAACACCUGACUGGGUAGAUAAAGGUAUAAAGCCAGGCUUACAGCUUUGGUUCAGUGGUGCUUUAAGCUAAAUGUUAUACUAUAUAUAGUCAGUCUGUAUUUUAGUUAAGCCAUUUUGCUAAUAUAUAUAUUUAUUUAUUUAAAAAUAAAGUAUAAGGGUUUUUAAAGGUUAUAGUCGACCAGAAAACGCCUGAAAACAAGCCUCUGACCGCCAUUCAACACGAACUACACUUCCCAUGAGUCAACGCUCCCGAGGAGGCCGCCCCCAUUUCUACUACCACGUGACCGCCUCCGACCAAUGGGGAGUGUCGUUACAGGCGCAAUGCGGUUGUCGGGAUGUAAGGAGGAAUGGCGACGGUCGAGACGGUUUUUGGAGGCCAGAGUCGAGAUGAAUUUCGACCAAACAGAAGCCGAACUCAGGUUUGAAUCCCUUCUGUUCCGACUGAACCGUGAGUGACACAGAGUCCCAAAAUGGAAACUGAAGUGACGGUGUCCUCCUCGUCGAGCUCGGUCUCGUCCUCCACUCCCCAGACCGCCGCGGCUCAGGCCAACCUGGCCGCGAAGCAGCGAGACGGCAGGAAGAACGCCGCGUCCACGACCCCGGCCUUCCUCUCCAACCUGGGGAGGGCCACCCUGCGGGGGAUUCGCAAGUGUCCCCAGUGCGGCGUCUACAACGGCACCCGGGGGCUCAGCUGCAAGAACAAGGUGUGCGGGAUCUCCCUCAGAAAUGCGUCCUCGGCGGCGGGCAGGAGCAGCAAGAAAUGUGCGGUGGACGUGGUGAGAGUGAUAAUAGACAGUGAGGAAGGAAUGGGGAAGGAGCGCGAAGGUGGAGGAGGAGGAGGAGGAGGAGGAGGAGUCCUGGGCGGCGGCGGCGGGUCAAGUGCAGGAGUGCAGGUGUUUUCAGUGUGUCAUAGAGGAAGAGGAGCCACCGCCACGCAGUUGGGCUUCGUUGAACUCGUCCCCACGGACACGGCCAUAGCGACGGGCGACGGCGCCACCCUGCUGACCCGCAUCAACCUGGGGCGCUGCUUUUUGCCGUCGUGCAGGCAGGGUCAAAGGUCAAAUCAGGGCGAGGCGGAAUCGGGGGCGGCGGGGUCGAAACAGUCCUCGGACAGCCUCUGCGUCCACAUCAAGCAAGCGAUCGAGUGUCGGAGCCGUUCGACGCCGCUGACCUUGAAGAGCUCCGUCCUGGAGGGUUUGCAGGCCUCCAUUCAAGCCAGGAAGGAGCUGUGGAGGCUGGCCACGGAGUCUCCGGGCCCCCUGGUGCAGCGCGUGGCGAAGGACACGCUGGUGGUGAAGUGCCACGUAGAUUCCCAGCAUCCCCUGGGGCUGCUGCAUCUCACCGUGGGCGCCGGUGGACUGUCUGAGGGUUUAAAGAGCGAGAGAAAGGUCAGAGAGCAGCAGCAGCAGCAGGUGCAUGCCGUGUUUCACUGUGCUUGUCAGGUCGGCGGCGGCAGAAAGAGUAAACCAGGUGUCGAUGCCGCCGGUGGAUCCGCCGGCUCGCAUCCUCCGUCUCCCGGCCCGGUGGCGCCGCAACCCUGCCUCCACUUCUACGCCUGCGUGUGCGCCUUUGCGAGCGACGAGAAACUGGCGUCAGAGUUUGCCUCCUUCAUCAAGUACACGCCCGGUGGGGUGCAACAAAACGCCACCAGUCGAGUGGUCGGUCCCAGUGAGAAGCCUCUGCAGCAGGCCGACCCGCUCAACUCUCCUCUCAGAACGAAGAAACUCCGCCUGGAUGAAUCUCUCUCUGGGUCGCAGGUCGUGGACGAGCGCACGGUGACGAUGGGCUUCCAGCAGUGGCUGGCCGGCGUCACAGAGAGGAUCCACCAGACGAUGCACUACCAGUUCGAUGGGAAACCACAGCCUCUGGUGUUCCACAUACCGCAGGAGUUCUUCAUCGCUCUGCAGCAGCGUCUGUCGCUGGGCUCCAAGAAGAGGAGGCUGCCCAACUUCACAACAGCGUUGGUGAAGAACGACGGCCUUCCUCUCGGCUCCUUCUCCAAGUACACCUGGCACGUCACCAAUCUCCUGCAAGUCAAGCGCAUCUUCGACACCUCGGAGUUGCCUCUCGAGCUCUCUCAGAGUUUCGUGAGGAACGCCGACGGCUCUUAUUCACGCUUCCGCUGCCCCGAGCCGCCGCCGCCUGAACCAGAACCACCGGAGGGCUGCAGGACGGACCGGCCGCAGGCCAUCCGGCCGAUGGAGCUGCGCACCUUCCUCAAAGUCGGACCGGCGGAUCAGAAGGAGGCCGCCCCGUUUGUGAUCGAGUGGAUCCCGGACGUCCUCCCCCACUGCCACAUGGGGGAGCUCCGGAUCGCCUUCGAGUUCGGCCACCAGCAGAGCGGUCAGCCGGAGGACGGCGAGAGAACCGGCGCGGCGGAGAAGGGAGGUCGCAACAGGUCGGACUCCACGCACGCGAAACACGCCAAGGCCGUGGAAAUCAUCCAGCUGGUGGUCCAGUGACCAGUGGGGACGGCUGCACCAAUGGGACGACAGAUAUGGAUUCAUAUGCCUCGCUAUGGGACUUACCCCUAUUUAUCAGUGUUGUAUUAUGCAAGGCAUGGAUAAUCAAUUGCCAUGUGAAUUACUCAGUUUAAUAUUGAUCAGUAUUUUUACACAAUCUAGUCUGACGUGGAGUAUUUAUCAUAAUGCCUUUUUAAAUAUCCGUAAUAUCAAGAUCUUCUUUACCUGAGAUUAUACAAACAGUAAAAAAUAUAAAUAAGAUUUAAAAAAUAAUAUUUGUCUUGUUUAUCAGUAGAAACGACACGCAUGUAAAUUGCUGCAUAAUUUAUUUUAUAUAUAUAUAGAAACAGCAGGGGGUUAUGGGUGAAGUACCAUAUUCGCUACAGGAAGUGGGUGGUAUACAUGCAUAUGCACGUACAGCGUGCGGCUAUAUAAAGUAAACGUCAUGCAGGAUUUAUAGACGCACACAUGUUGAAGCACCGUUUGUGUGCAUAUUAAACUGAAAAUAUACCGUUUGAAGUUAAGUGCAGGUUGUAGCGUAACGGGUUAUUGACACUAUGUGACUAAACUUACCUGCGUUUGUUUCUGCAGCUGUUUUAAUCCUUCAAACGAAAAAAGGUAUAUUACAAUUACAAAAUCUGAUGUGUGAAAGUUAUUGUGUAUUAUAUCGUACGGGUUAAUGUUGGAGGCACGCUCUUUGUGGAAAGAUGUAGCUCUGGAUGGAUGCUCAGACCUCCACCAGCAGAUGGAGACACGCGCCUCCUUUACCACAACGAGACAAGAGUGUUACAAGUUGCACAACAAUUUACAAGAUGACAUCAAAUGGGAAAAGUUGGUCGACGGGAGGAUAAAUAUUCUGAAAGCAAUACAGAAUGCUUUGAGAGCCUUCGCUGCAUAUGUCCCAUUGUAUUAUUUUUAACAUUUUUAAAGUGUCACCUGGUGCCUGAAUGUGGUGUUUCCCUUUGCACAA